UCUGCUGUUUAUAUGUAAUUUUACUUGGACCUGGUGUAUACUGAAUAUUGUGUUUAUAUUACCCAUUUUGAUAAGGCUAAUGUAUCAUUUACUAUUUGGCCACAUAAAACAGGAAAGCUUGGAGAAGAGAAUGAUUCUGGGGAAAAUGGAAGGCCAAAGGAAGAGGGGCCGACCAAGGGCAAGAUGGAUGGAUGGUGAUAGCAUGAUGGAAAUGGAGACUGAAGCUGUAAGAAACAAAGGUGUGGAGAAAGAAACCACUGAACAAAAAAAGGAACGAGAAAAAAAGAAACGCUCUAGAGUUAAACAAGUGCUUUCAGAUAUAGCAAAGCAAGUGGACUUCUGGUUUGGUGAUGUAAAUCUUCACAAGGACCGAUUUCUCCGAGAACAAAUUGAAAAAUCUAGAGAUGGAUAUGUUGAUAUAUCGCUUCUGGUUUCUUUUAAUAAAAUGAAAAAAUUAACAACAGACAGAAAAUUGAUUGCACGAGCAGUUAAAAGUUCAUCUGUGGUAGAGUUGGAUUUAGAAGGAAUUAGGAUAAGAAGACGACAGCCACUAGGUGAGGAACCAAAAGAUGUGGAUAGUCGUACAGUAUAUGUGGAAUUGCUUCCUAAAAAUGUCAAUCACAGUUGGAUUGAACGGGUAUUUGGGAAAUGUGGCAAUGUAGUUUAUGUUAGCAUUCCCCGUUAUAAGACUACAGCAGACCCAAAAGGAUUUGCAUUUGUUGAAUUUGAAACAAAGGAACAAGCUGAAAAAGCAAUUGAGUUUUUGAAUAACCCACCAGAAGAUGCACCAAGAAAACCUGGUAUGUUCCCCAAAACAGUAAAAAACAAACCUGUUCCAACGUUGCCUACAAAUGAUGCCAGCAUAGUUGAAGAAAAGAAGAAAAAGAAGAAGAAGAAAUCCAAAACAAAGAAGGAAAAUAGUAAUCAAUCAACUGCAGCAACAAAAGACAUAAGUAUGGAUGUCACUGCAGAGCCCACAAGCAAGCCAAGGAGGCGUAGGACAGUAUCAGAGAACUCUGAAAUAGCGUUAUCAGAAGUCCAGAGACAGUGUUCAAAGAAGGAGAAAAAGAAACUUGAUAGAACUGAAAGCACAAGUUUAGGAGAAAAUAGACCAGGAAAAAGGAAGAGAAGCCGUUCUGGAGAUGCUGAAGUAUCAGUAGUGAAAGUAAAGAAAACUUCUCAGAAAGACACUGUCCAUUCUACAAAACAAGAACCAACCGAUGGUCCAGAAGAUCUCAAAGAAAUUUCUACUGAAGAAGAGAGGGAUGGUGGGGAUAAGAAAGAUACAUCUCUUUCAAAAUCUAAAAGGAAGCAUAAGAAAAAACAUAAAGAGAGACACAAGAUGGGAGAAGAGGUUAUUCCAUUGAGAGUUCUCUCAAAAAAUGAAUGGAUGCAGCUGAAGCAAGAGUAUUUGGCUCUGCAGAAAGCCAGCAUGUCAUCCCUGAAAAAAGCAAUGGCCCAGACGAAAGAUGUAGCUGUUGAACAAAUGGAAGCAGAUGCCUGUGUGCCAACCAGAAAUGGCAAAUCUCUAAGUGAAGGUUCAGCCCCUGCUGAGAAGGUUCAUUCAAUGGGGCCUCAGUUUGAAAGUGGAGUAAUUGUGAAGAUAAUUAGUGCUGAACCUUUGCCUGGCAGGAAGCACAUCAAGGACUUGUUAGCAACACUAGCUAAUGUUGCUUAUGUUGACUUGCUGGAAGGAGAUACAGAAUGUCAUGUGCGGCUUAAAACACCUGAGGAUGCGCAAACUCUAAUAAAAGGAUACAAAGAGCUACAGACUAAAAGUAACUGGAAGCUUGAGAUUAUUUCAGGUGAUCAUGAACAACGAUACUGGCAGAAAAUAUUGGUGGACCGACAAGCCAAACUUAAUCAGCCACGGGAAAAGAAGCGAGGCACUGAAAAGUUAAUUGCAAAAGCUGAAAAAAUGAGACUGGCAAAGACUCAAGAGAUGAGCAAACAUAUCCACUUCUUUGAAGAUGAAUAAGUAUCUCACUUGAAUGAAAUCUUUUUCUUUAAAAAAGCAACUAAUGACGUGAUAUGUGCCCUCUCACCUAUCAGUAGAAAGAAGAGGUGGAACAUGACAUUCACCAGCUGUUUAAAAGAAAAAAUAAUUUAUCUUACGAAUUUUCUUAUUUGCCUUAUAAUACUAUGGGACACAAAUAAAUGGUUCUGAAGCCAAUGUAUUUGUCACUUAUAUUUGUACAUUGCGUUUUUAUAGUCAGAGUUUAAGGACAAACCAAAUAAAACUGUAAGGAUCUUUGUAGAUCUCUUCUUUAAAGUUUGUAAGCAAAGAUAAAAAAAUCCAUUAUAAAAGAUUGCUAAAAA